UUAAGCUGGAAAGACUGGGAAAUUUGAGAAGGGAGGUGGGACUGGAAGUCGAGUUGUGCCCCCCCCCCGCCUGCCUCUUUCCUGUUUUGUUGGGAGGGGACAUGCCUGCUUCUGAAUGACUGCGGAACAGAGAUGCAAUCUUGGUUGCUGUUUGGAAAUACCCACCGGCGAUGCUCUCUGAGAAGAACCUGUUGAGUCUCACAUCCAAAAAGGAUGCUGUAAGAGCAGCUUGUUGAACUCGCUCUCAGUAGCCACGGACCGAGGCGCAGAAAGGGUUCAAACAACCAGCUGAUCAGAUUGGUCCACUGUAAACAGCAGGGGUAAGAGCCAGGCUUGGAAAUGGAAGAGGACCAAGUCAAAACCACUGACAAAGUUCCCAACGUAAUCAAAGAGGCGUCCUUGAAGGAACUUCCAAGGCAGACAGACUCACAAAAAAGUGAACAGCAGCUGGAGGGUGGGUUGCUAUGGGAACAGGCAGCCCAGUGUCAAGAGUUCCUGAAAGCUCUUGAUGCUCAUUGUUUAGGAUGGGGAAACCCACAGCUGAUCAGACGUGGACCCUGGGAGGACACCAAGGUCUUCCUGGAUUCCUUUGAGCAAGUUGCCCAAGCCUGCCAGUGGCCCAGGGAAGAAUGGGCAGCCCGGCUCCUGCCAGCACUCAGCGGAGAAGCACAGCAGGCCUUUAGCAGCCUAGAAGCCAGAGACAAGAAGGAUUAUGGGAAAGUAAAGGCAGCCAUCUUGCGCAGGGAAGCCAACCGCAUGGAAACCUUGCGCCAACACUUCAGACAGUUCCGCUAUCGGGAGGUGGAAGACCCGCGACGGAUUUAUGGCCAGCUCCGGGAGCUUUGCCACCGGUGGCUGAGGCCAGAGAGGCAUUCAAAGGAGCAGAUUCUGGAGCUGUUGAUCCUGGAGCAGUUCCUGGCCAUUUUGCCCCAGGAAGUCCAAAGCAAGAUCAGAGCCAGGGACUUAGAGGCUGGCACUCCAGUCGUGGCAGGGGAGUUCCCGAUGAGUCCUCCAGAGGCAAAAGGCUGGGAAUGGCAGGUGCCAUUGGAGGAGCUGGCUGUGAGUCCAGAAACCAAGGGGGUCCCUCAGAGACAGAGCUACACGGAGGCCCAGGAGAAAGCAGAUGGGGAUCUCUGUUUACCGGGCAGCAGAGGAAUGUCUACAAGUCAUCCUAGCUCAGUGCUGCCUCCUGAAAACCCAGAUGUAGCUGAAGAUGGACUGGAUGAGGAGCCUGAACAUUUGAAUGAGAUGAAUAUGUCUUUGGAUAAUGCUGACUGGGCCAUGUUGAACUCCAGUCAAGGAACUCUGCACUGGGAAGUCAUGCAAGAGAACUCAGAGGAUAUCAGCUCCUUAGGAGGGUUUGUGAUUCCCAAACCGGAAGCCACAUCCCAGAUGGAUCAAGGAGAAAUGGUCUUUGUCCAGGACUCUGAGGAGGGUGAAGCCUUUCCAGGAAGCCUCUCUGGUGAUGAGGAUCUAAGCGAGAUCAAGGAGGAAUAUUCCCCGGAAGAAAAUAGCGAGUCAGAGGAAAUAUACAGCAUGUCACUGGAGAUAUCCCAAGGAAAAGCUUCUCUGAUUGCUGAGAUCCAUGAGCAAGGAUGUGACUCGGAUGGAAAGAAGGGAUGGAAUGAAUCUGUGAAGGAUGUGGAGGGUCCCAACACAAUGAAGGACGCUGUGAGGCACACCCGGUUGAAUAAGUUUUUUCACUCCAAAGCUGGGAAAUGGUAUCACUGUAAAUCGGGGCAUGUUCCCAACCAGAUGAUCCCCGGUGGAGCAUCCCUUCAUGAAUGCCUGGUCUGUGGGAAACGCUUCCAGAAAAAGAAUUACCUUGCGAAACACCAGAGGAUCCACGUAAGGCCUAAACUGUUCCAGUGCUCUGAGUGCGGGGAAAGCUUCAACUGGAGAGAAGGGUUUAUACGACACAGAGGGACACACACUGGCGAGAAGCCUCAUGAAUGCACCCAGUGUGGGAAAUACUUCAGCCAGAGGGAGAGCCUGAUACGGCAUGAGAAAAUCCAUACGGGGAAGAAACCUUAUGAAUGUUCCGAGUGCGGGAAGAAUUUCUGUCGGAGGGAUUCACUGGUUCGGCAUCAGAAGAUCCAUACGGGAGAAAAGCCAUAUGAGUGCUCUGAGUGUGGGAAAAGCUUUAAUCAGCGAGAAGUACUGAUCCGGCAUCAGAGAAUCCACACAGGGGAAAAGCCAUACGAGUGCCAGCAGUGUGGGGAGAGCUUCACUCAAAGAGCAAUACUGAACAGACAUGAAAAAAUCCAUCUGGAGGAAAGAGACUUUUUAAUAAUUUGAGAGCAGACCCUUCCAUCUAGCUCUCUCUCAGUGAAAGAGACACUGCCCUAUGUGUAUUAUUGGCAUGUUUUACAGAAAGAGAGAACAAAACAUGGAGGGGCGGGAAACAAUGUUCAGAUUGCCUGGUGAGCAUCAGUGGCAGUCUUUUGGAGGCCACAGCUGAAGGGCUAAGUUGCAUACCUUUUGCUGAGCUGUGAGGAGUCAGUGCUCAAAUGAUCGGGGCAGAGAGAAGGAUCGGGGGGGGGUGGCUUUAAUACAGUGUAUAACUCCCACAUUAGUGUAGUUCUUAAAACAACUAGUGGAGCAAAUUCCCCAAGAUGGUGCCCAUGGGCACUGUGACACCCGUGGAAACCUUUCCUGGCACCUGCCAAGUGUUUUUAGAAAGUGGGUGGGGCCAUAUGGGUCUUUUGCCCAGCAGGGCUUCUCUGUAACCAUUGGAGAUCUGAUUGGCUGUACACAUUUUAAAGAAUUUGUUUCAGCAGCAAUUGCCCCUACAGCACAAGAAUCUUCACUGUAUUACUUAAGAUGAGUGGUGUAUAUGCAAGAAAAUAUUUUCUAAACAAUAUGUUCAUUUUAAAAAGUAUCCUGUUAAACACAGCUUCUGCCUUAAACGCUGAAGAAUUGUUAGAGUUAUGCAUAACCUCACUUCCUGAUCUUUUGUGGUUGGUUCCACUUCUUACAGUAGUCAUUUUGUUGUUGCACUCACCAUCUAGUGCCAACAGGCUUAGAAAGGUUGGGGGCCCCCCUCGUAGGGAAGGCUAAGGCAAACAGUAGGGACCCUUAUGAUUUGAGCACUGCUCUUUGCAGACUGCAACACCACUCACAGUUAAUGGUGCAUAAAUCCCCGGUUUCAGUGGGAUCUAUGCUGCAAUGCUGUGGGUGCAGGAUUUUACCUGGAGGCAUUCUUAUGUCUGCUGCACAGAUGUAACUUUUACCAUGUCUUAUUUUGUAAUUUACUAAUGCUAUUGUGUGAGCAUGAUUUACAUUCUUUGUUUCAUUUUCAGUUAACAAAAGUUUUAACUGGGAGGUUUUUACAAUUUUUCUGUGGGCAGAGGAAGCCAUGCUUGGUUUUAAAAACAAAUAAAUUUCCGUUUUUUGCCCAAAUGCCCUUUGUGGAGGCAGUAGGUUAUAUUUGAUUUCUCUCUCUUUAAUUUUUGAUGGUGACCUACCCUGAAAUGCAGAAGACAGGAAAUUUCUGCUAGUAUUUGAGAUAACUUUUAUAAAACAAAUAGAGAUGGAAACAUCCUGUUCGUGCAUGAAUGAGAGUGCUUUGGGUCUGCCAUCAGAGUUCCCUGUUUACAUCUCUUUCUCUCCAAAUCAUUGUUCGAAAAGUAGCGAAGUGACUGCACUAUGAAUCUGUGAGUCCUGUGUUCAGAUCCUGCAUCUGUCACUCAAAAGGUAGACUUCGGCAAGCCAUUCUCUUCCUGCCUUUGCUCCACCCACCUGCAAAUAUGGGAAUAACAACACGAAUCUACUUUUCCGGGUUGUAAGAAUUAGAGCAAGAGAAUGCAGAGGAGGUGCUUUGGAUGCACACAAGUACCGUAAUAAAUGCAACGGUUCAUUAUCGACGUUCAAAAUGAUUUGACUUAUGACCCAAUCUCAUGCAUAUUUGGUGGUGGAGAGUGCCCUCAAGUCAUAGCUGACUUAGGGUGACCCUUGGUGGGAUCUUCAUGGCAAGAGACUAACAGAGGUGGUUUGCCAUUGCCUGCCUCUGCCACCCUGGUCUUUGUUGGAGGUCUCCCCUCCAAUUACUAACCAAGGCGGACUCUGCGUAGCUUCUGAGAUCUGAUGAAAUCAGGCUCACCUGGGCUAUCUAGGUCAGGGCCAUGUAUAUUUACUUGGGAGAUAAAUUUCAGUGUAAGAAAAGGGGGUUAGUCCCAGAUUAUGAUGCAGUUACCUUGAAGCAAACUGCACCUGGGUCCUGAUAUCGGACCUCUUCUGUAAGGUCUCCCCCUCCCCCCGCUUCCUUGAGCUUCACGUUGAAAAAAAAGCUGUAGCAGUUGUGACUAAUAAACUGAGUAUACAGGACUGCAGCCGCGUUUGCCAGGACAUACACACCUUUCCUCCUCCUCAUGCCCAGAAUGGGUGCAUUCAAACCCCUAGAAGCAGGGAUUCUCUUUUUGCUUGAGAAACUCUGUAAGGCACCAUGGAUCCUGAUGGGACCCAUGGAGGAAUGCAUUUUGUUUGGAAGUUUGGGCUUUUAAAAGCUUUUUCUGUCUCCCAGCGGAAGAUAGGCAGGAAAGGGGAAGUCAAUUGCUCCCAAGUACCACCUAUCAAAACUUUAGAAAUGCUAAUAGCCUUCCUGGCCACAGACAGUAAAAUGGUCAGCUCACACCUUAACUGGGAACCUGAUACCUGGAAGGAAUGCAGUCACUUGGAGGUGUGUGAGGAACUAGAUUGUAUCUUUGUGGAAGUUUCAAGAAGGAAUUCUUUGACCCAGAAGGGAGGCAGAUAAGCAAUCAGAGAUUACAAAAUCCCUUGCUAUGAAGAGAGAGAGGCCACUUUUUGGUGGUCCAUUACGGCUGAUUUCAUCUAGGGGAAGGCGUUCUCAUAUCUGAACUCCAGGUGAAGGCCACCAUUGCCACAUGGAGCAGACAAAAGGCUGGCUGCUUGAACAAAAGAGCAAGAGUCCAGUAGCACC